UUUAUAUGUUUGUUUCAGAUUUGAAUGAAAUAAUUAAAUUUUUCACUUUUCCCCUCAAAUCGCACAAAAUGAUUAACGUCAGUGUCUUCCGAAAUACCAGAAAGGCCUAUCUUGUUUAUGGCAUAGGAUUUGCUAUUAUUUUUCUUGGGGGCCUUGUCAUGAAAUCUUUUAACGAUAAGAUAUCUCUAAUGACGAGUUCAGUUCACAGCUAUCAAAUGAUGGUUGAUAAGCAAUCAGAUCAACUCAAGGCUGUUUCUAUGGAGAAGGAGAGGCUGAAAAGAGACUUGGACGACAACGAGGGCAGUUUAAGAGAAUUAAAACAAACUCUAGAUAAACUAGAUCUUAAUUGUAAAGAGAAGGUUGGAAAACUAGAGAAAGAAAAGGAGAAAGUUGAGGAAAAAUUUGCCUUGUUAUCAGAAUCUAACAUUAAGUUAGAAAGCAAAUAUAAAACUCUCAGUAAAUCCAAUGCAAAAGCAAUAGCAGAUAUAGAGGAAGCAAACAAUGCAAAUAAAAAAUUGAGGGCAAGAGUGGAUGAUGCCAAUUCCUCAAAGGCUUCUGAACUUAUGAAAUUACGAGAUAGUAUUGCUGUAUUAACUGCAGAUCGGGAUAAAUUCAAGGAUCAAUAUUCUGCCCUGUUCAAACAGCUCCAGCAAUCUGUAGAUACAGUACAGUUAUUACAGGAUGAGAAGGCCCGGCUCCAAGAACAGAUCAGAGAAAUUCAAAGAUUAAGCGGUGCAGCCCAAACUAACUUUCAAGGAAUAGGAGCUCUAAAUCCUGUACCCCCUGUCCGAAGUAGCUCAGCUAGUCCUGUCAUGCAGGAACCUAAUCAUCUAGAGGAUCCCAUUCCCAGCAGCAGCUCCAGCUCUUCCCCUAGAGCUGAGCUUCAAGGAGCUGAACCUGCUCAAGCUGCUCCCUCCCCUCCCUCAGCUGUAUCACCAUCAGUAGCUGCUUUAUCUCCGGUAUUUCAAUCUCCAGGAGUUGUAUCUAAACCUCUGGCUCCAGCUCCGCCAGCUAAUGCUGCCUCUCAACCUUCCUAUCAAAGCCAGUUUGAUAUGAGAAUUCCAAGGAGUCAGGUGAAGCCAUUCAUUCAGAAACCGGAAGUUCGGAAUAUCCGACCGGAAGUCCGGAACUUGCAACCGGAAGUCCGUAACUUGCAACCGGAAGUCCGCAACAUACAACCGGAAAUAGCACAAUUGGACCCAGAAGUAAGAAGCCUUCGACAAAAAAAUCAGAAGCCUCAGAUUGAGUACCCCCAGCGCUAUUUACAGCAACAACAACAACAACAAAUGCAGUACGCUAAGCAGCUAUUGUACCCCCAGCAGCAAUAUCAACAACAACAACAACAACAAUAUCAACCUUAUGAGCAGAAAGCGUAUCAACCUGAAAGUGGUAUUUAUCAACCUCAUCUCGAUAAAUACGUGAAUUCACUCAACAAUAACAAACAGAGAGUAGAGGAUAUGGAAGACGACGUAGAUUCCUUGAAAGCUCCUGCUAACAAUCCAUACUUCUAUCCGGGAUUAGGAAAUGAUUUAAAACUUCACCAACCUGAGUCUGGCUACCGUGCUCAGCUGGCCGGCCGUCGGUCAGCAGACUGGGACGAGCUAGCUCGCCGACCAGAGCAACUUGCUGACCGGGCACAGCAGCAAAACUGGGCGGGCAGGGUUCAGCAACCUCAACGCUACAAUCCAGAUUUCUAAAUGAACAAAUUUUCCCCGAAUAAUUUUACAGGACAAUAGUUACAUUGAGUAUUGGGACAGACAAAUGCAUCAAAAGUAUUUUAAAUAUUGUGAAAUUUAGAUUUUUUAUGAAAAAAAACUUUUAUACACGCAUGCGUUUGAUAGAAUUAUGCAGAUCAUUAUUUUUUUUUUAUAGACAUUAGACUAAAAGGUGCAAACUCCUAAGGUUUGAUGGAGUUAAAAACUCUCGAACUCAAGAAUUAAAUGAUUUUUAUAUUUUUAUAAAAAAAAACAAUUUAUAUUUUUUUCCAGAUGUAACAGUUAUCUUCCAGUUCUAUUGGACAUAUGCAAAAACAUUUAAAAAGCUUAAAGGGACCGAACACGUAAUUGCAAGUGAUUUACUAUUUAUGGAUUGACGUUUCCGAUUAAGAAAAUUCUGAAUUACCUAGUUUGUCUAGCUCGUCUAGCCGCCAAACAUGUUUUAUUUUUAAUCAGGAUUUUUCUCUUUAAAAGUGAUUUAAAAAGUACCCUUGUUAAUCGGAAAAUUGAUGAAAAUUUCACUUAUAGUCCCUUCAAGUGUUUGAUGAACUUCCAUUUUUAUUAUUUUAUAUAAUUAUUAAAUUAUUUUAUAUUCUAAAUAUCCAACAAGUAAUGUUAAAUACCAGUUGUUAUAUUAUUUUGUUAACUUUUUCGGACGAAUUUUGAGAUCCAAUUAAAUUGUUUGUUAGUUUAGCUUAGAACUUAUAUACAGGGUUAACCACAAAGGAUGAGACUUCAGAGACGACUGUACGGGGCUAACGCUGUCUAUUUUCUAAUAUUCAUGAUUUCUUUCUUUAUUUGUUUCUUUCUUUGUCCAUACUUAAUGUAACCUUAGAAAAAAAGAGUUUCAGGUCGUCUUUACGUUCUCAGUCUUUGUGAGUAACCCUGUAUACUCAGUAAAUAUAGAAUUUAAAAAUAUGUUUGUAUUUUAUUUAGUCUUUUUGUUUAAUGUUUAUAACAGCAAUGAAUUGUUUGUUAAAUAAUAGAAUUCAAUAAUUAUCUUUUUUAUCUUA